AUGAAUGCUUUGAAGCUUAGAUUUGAAUCAGAUGGCACUCACAUUAUUUUCCUUAACACCAUACAGAACAACUUCUCUGAUAUAAUCACUAGAACUUUUAUCAACAUCACAUUUGCCUGCCGAUAUCCUAUUAAUUACAUGGUACAGCAGCCUAAUGGAGAAAAUAAGAUCAGUGUUGAUAUCAGGACAAUUACACUAAAUACUGAAGAUGGAAACUUUUCUGUGUCCAUGAUACUGUACAAAGACCCACAUUUCGAAGACAUGUGGACUACAAUUCCCUUUUUGACUCUAGAGGACAACAUAUUUGUCAAAGUUAAAAUGGUUCCAGGUAAUUUAAUAAUUAGACUUGAAAACUGCUGGUCUACCCCAACAAAAGAUCCUGUUCAGGCUAUUCAGUAUUCCUUUAUUAAAGACAGCUGUCCACAAAUUGUAAAAGAUGAAACCUUGUCAGUAAUAAUGAAUGGAGAAGGUGAAGAAGCAAUGUUUAGGAUCCAGAUGUUCAAAUUUGUUGGUGCCUCAUUCAAUCAUGUUUUCCUACACUGCACAGUUCAGAUUUGUCACAAUACAGCAUUUGUUUGCAAACCAAAUUGCACAAACAAUGACAGUCUGGCCAGAAGUAAAAGAGAAGCCACACCUUUUUCUAAUCACAUGGUGUCAUAUGGUCCUAUAAAACGAAAACUGGUACAUAAUGGGGAGACAAAUAUAAGUGGAGGAAGACUUCUGCCAAUAGAAAUAUUGGUCUUUGGAGGAGUUCUAGUAGCUGUUCUGGUGAUAGCUGCGGUUUUUGGAAACCUUUUAUUUCAGUCAAGAAGGACAUACCCUGCUAUGCAAGCACAGCUGACAAUGUCCCGUUUUCACAGAUCUGAAGUCCCAUCAUGA